AGAUGUUGAACUGUCAACUAGAAAGAGCAGAAAUCCAUCACCCAAUCGCCGAUUUAGCUUCAGCUUGGGUCGGCUCGGUAGAAGUUUCAGUUUCAAAGAAAAUGCAGCUGCACCACAGUCAAGUUCCACAUGUAUGACUGUCAAGUCAGGCCCUGUGAGACCUGAAACUUCUGAUUGUUCAGACAAUCGAAAGGGAGAGAAAACUAGUAGUCAUAACAGAGGUAGGUCUAGCCCAUUGAGAAGGUUGCUAGACCCAAUACUGAAGCACAAGGAGGCAAAUCCACUCCAUUCUGCUGAAGCUGUUAAGCCUAUGAAAGCAAGUCUUAAUGCCUGUGUCUCUAGGCCCAUUAGUGUUGGUGAGUCGCUACAAAAGGAGAAGCGUGAGGUAUCAUCAGCCCAAGCAUUGUUGCAGUUAACGAUUAAGAAUGGAGUUCCUUUGUUUAGAUUUUUGGUUGACAGAAGCACCAACUGUUUUGUGGCAACCCUGAAAAAUUCAUCUGAGAAAGAUGAUUUUGGUCAGAACUUUACAUUUUACUGUGUGAAUGAAAUCAAGAAAAAAGGUGGUGGCUGGAUGAGUCAAGGAAGUAAAGGCAAAAGUUGUGGCUAUGCAUACAAUGUUAUUGGUCAAAUGAAGGUUUCAACCUCUGAUCUGUCUGAUGUUAAUGGACAGAACUUCAAGCAUAUAACAAGAGAGUCUGUUUUGUUUAGUGUUCAGCUAAGACAGCAUGCAAGUCAAGAAGCACCACAAUUCAUGCUAAAUAGGGAGCUUGCUGCUGCUGUUGUCAAGAUACCUAGCAAAGAUCUAAGUGAUGUUAAACAGGAGAGCAAUGAAGAAGCUAUGGAGAAGGACUGCACCAAGUGUUCACCAGAUCGUAAGACAAUCUGUAACUGGGAAGACAGUAGUGUAGUCAUACUUCCAGGUGGCGUCCAUAGCUCACCAAACAAAGGAGAGCCCUCGCCAUUAAUUGCGCGUUGGAAAUCUGGUGGAUCUUGUGAUUGUGGAGGUUGGGAUGUUGGUUGUAAAUUGCGUGUUCUCUCAAACCAGAACAAGUGCUGUCAAAUUUCCAAGACGUCCAUAACUUCUCCUAGUUCAGAUCAUUUUGAACUUUUUGCCGAGGGAGAAGCUCAGGAAAACAGGGCAGUCUUCAGAUUGGCGCCAGAGAAGGAUGGAACCUACUCGAUUGAGUUCAAUACUUCAAUUUCUUUGUUACAAGCAUUCUUCAUCUGUGUUGUCGUAAUUAGCAGCCGGAAGCCAUCAGAUAUGUCAGAAGCAAAAGCUUUUCAGGAGCCAAUUUUAAAUGGAAAUAGUGGAAUGCAGGUGACAGGGCCAUCAAAGUAUGCACCAAAUCCACCUCACUCCCCUGUUGGAAGAGUCUAGUUUUGUGCAAUGGAAGCCGUUUUGCUUUUCAAGUCCAACCAACCAGCAACUGGCUUGAAACAAAUGCGGAAGCAGUAGAAGAACUCCUAGUUCUCAUAUUGAACACGUCAUUGUUGUGUGAAUCGACUGAAAACAAAUUUAGGGAGACUUUAACCAGAGUACCUGUUGUUGCAGACAUUGAGUAUGACCACUGUAAUUCUGUUCUGGUUGUACUACUGUACCAACAUUACCAUGUGUAAAGGAAAAUUUGCUAUUCAAUAGAAAACUCCGAUACUGAGCUUCAACAUCUUUGAAAAAUG